UUAAAAUGGCUUUCGUCGAAAGUUUAAGCGCGCAGCUGCUAAAAUCGAUUUUAUGAAACAAUUCCACUGUAGACUCGAGCAAAAUGCCCGAUAUUAUUAUAGAAAGUGUCCUUAAAGGAAAAUUAGACUGUGAACUGUUAUUUAAGUGGUUGAACAACGAAGAGAUCGAGGAUCCGCCCGAGGAUUGUAUACUGUUCUGUUGUAAUAGAAACGAGUUCGUGGCGUACUUUUUGUCGUAUUUGAGAACACAGACGGAAAGUGUCCUACAAACGAACAGCAAUGCGCCGCCUCCUCUCCACCAAACGCCUGAAAAGGUCCUCAACCCGCGCCGGAAACACCGACGUUCCAUCAGCGACCCGACCAGCGAUGAUAGAAAAGACACCUUAUCCGUCAAAUCGACGUCCCUACGCAGUCAGGAAUCCCCUAGCAAAGAUCGAAAGCGAACUGGACGACGGGUUAAGACGAAACUAUUCGAUGAUUCUACGAUAUCCUCCGAUGAGUCCAGAAUUAGCACUGGCAUGGAGAAAGUCUUCGUAUCUAGUACCCCAAUGAAGAGCAAUUCUAGAUCAGAACUGCCAGCUACCAGCCCAGUGACUCCGUUAAGGAGUUUCAUGCAUGAAAGAUGUGAUACUCCCAGGCUGAGUCACAGACACAGAUCGCAUGAAAAAAGCUGCCUAGGUGACUAUUUGGUCGGUGAUUUUGCUCAAAAGAGUUCCAAAAAGAAGAAAGGUAGGAAUGCUUCUGAUAGCUCAGAACCUGUGGAGUUAGAUCUGAGUAAUUCUGAUGCAUUUCCCGAGAUUGGAGCGAGAAAAGCUAGUUCUUUGAGGUCUGAUAAACGAAGGAUUAAACCGACAAAUAUUGAUAAGAGCACUUCAAAGAAGAGUGUGUCUCUAAACAGUUUUAAUUCAGACUAUUUUCAGCAGUCAAGCGUUUCUUUGCUUGAAGAUAACGCAGUAUUUAAGCAACAAAGCAUCCAAUCAAAAGAAGCGAGUGGAUUUGACGCGGAAAGAAGCAUGUUGAAGCAAGAACGUCACAAGUUGAUGGAGAAAUUCAAUAUUCUGAACACUACAGCUUCACCCAAACCUGUUGCACCCAAAAUAAAGGUUACACAAAAGGAAUCGUUUGAACAAGCAAAAACUUACAUCAAAUCGGACUCGACAAAAAUCGUUUUCAAAGAAAAACUUGAUCUCUUAUGCGAUAUAUACGAUAUAUUAAUGAAUAACAAUCUAAUUUUAAGCGUAAGCACAGAAAUAUACUUCUUAAUAUCGAUUUUACUGUCAAAGCAAUGCGAAGAAGAGUACAAGACAGUCGAAAGCAAUUUGAAAGACAAUAAUUUUGAAUAUUUAAUGAAAUCUAUACACAAUAGCACGUAUUUUGCUGUGAAAUGCUUGUGGAAUAUGCGCACAAUAUUAGAAGUUGUCUUGGAUAGGAAUUCUUUAAAAAUACUCGGUGAAAAUAAGAAAGUUCGAGCUUUUUAUCCGGACUUAGCGAAGUUUUUGCUAAAUUCUUACGGAUUAAAGUGUGAGUUAGAAGGAGGACAGCAAGAGAAGAAAAGUGUAGAGAGAAUAUCCAACGGUGUGAUAUGCUUCAACCAUGAGACGGACAACGUUGAUAACUUUCCAUCGGUGAUGAGUUUUCAGAACUUCAAAAAGCAGAGGGACAUGUUUUACGAGAUUGUGAGAUGGUACCAAGAGACCACAGCGUCAGGCGGGUCGCUAUCGUCCUUCCGAGCUCGGAUCAAGACCUUGCUGUCGUGUGGACAGGCGUCAGCAAACUAUGCUCAUCUUGCUGCUUUGUUCACUCAACACAUGUUGGCUGAAUGUCUGCCUGCUAACACCCAGGAAUCCAAACUCAGCAAGCUCCAACGCCGUCUCACCUGCCCCACCAACGCGGAAAGCCACCGACUACCCGCGUUCUCGACCAAAGAGACGUUCUACGCUUCGUUUAUACGCUCAGCGGACGGAUUCUUCCGAGUACACUUACAGGACGCAGUGGCUAGCAGUCUGGUGUCGUUGGACGCGGCGCCCGGUUUGACUUCGCACCCAGACGUGUCCAAAGACUACCACUCGCUGGCCAAGAAGCUGUGUCUGCUCGGCAAGUUCUCGGGCUUCGUCGCGGCUCUCCCAUACAGCCUGGCGCCCGAGACAGCCCGGCCUGCGCCCCACCAGCCGCCGAGGGGCCGCGCCGCUGAGAGCGAGGUGGCUCAGAGGAACCAUAGCCAACCAACGCUUGACCUCAAAGGCAUGCUGACAUCAGCCUACCAGACCUCCCGCCUCAUAAUCACCGUUCCAUGGGUAGUCCACUACCUAUCCAUGUUGGACUACGCUUCACUCCGCAUACCAUACUACCAAGAACUCCUCAAAAUCCUCCGUCACAUCUAUAUAAACCGCUUAAAAACCAGUGAAACGUUCCUAAAAAAGAACACAGUGAUUUUUCUAAAGUGCACGCUUGGGUGGUUGUUCGAUUUGCCUCAUUUCCCUCAAGAUAUCACCUGUGAUAAUAACCCAGUGAUCAGUGAAGUGAAUAUAGACUGCAGUGAAGUGAUAGAUGAAGUGAUUCUGUUCGAUCUGUGCCCGUAUUUGAGGGAUGUUAACGUGCUGCUGUCUACGUGCAAAGUGAGCCAUGAUCAGAAAGAUGUGGGGACUUUCAGGCAUAUCACUCCGGUUAGUCUGACGUUGAACCCGGAGGAUCGGUUGAGGAAUAAGGAAAGGGAGUUACAGUCGCGUCUCGAAGAAGAAAUGCUCAAAAGCCAGCCGUCCUCAACUCGGCGCGUGUUAGAACUGGUCACGGAGCGAGUGGCCGCGGCCACUGUGCGCGAGCUGGCUCGGCCACUGGCCACCGCGAGAGAGCAGGUGGCCGCCCGGGCCGCCAGGACGGUGCGGGAGAGAGCCGGUAUGACGCAGGCGGCGUUACUUCAGUCACUACAGACGUUAUACUCCGAGAAGCUGGACGAGCUUCGGACGAGUGCGUUAGAGGGCGCCUCUGUCACCAUCAAGAGGAGGGCCUCAUCUGCCCUGAGGGCUUUGCUGCCUCAAGCACCGUUACCAUUACAGGCGUUAGCUGCUAACAACUGCCUGAGCAAAGUCCGACGGUGGCUGCAACAGAAUUGGACUAGAACUGACGUCCUUUGCAAAGACAUAGAAGCUGAAAUGAAGAAUCUCAUAGCGGUGGGGGCAGCGUCCGCGCAUAAGGCCGCGUGCUCACAGUCGCUCACGGUCGACGAGGCGGAAUGGGCGGCUCGCAGCACCAGCCCUGCUGCCACGCUUAUACAUCUGAAGGAACAAAUCUGCCUCCUCCUUGAAGACGAAGAACCAACUGAUCUACAACAGACACUGAUUGAUUGCGCCGCGUGCUGUGCGCCCGAGAAUGUGUUCCGACGGCCGCCUACACAGAAGGCGCUGUUACAGCUUAGCGUCGAGCUGUGUCUUGUAUAUGUCAGCAAGAAACCGCUAGAAGUCACCGAGUCAUUCCUCAACCAGCUCCACUCAAUAUGGAACGUCUGCUGUCCAGACAGGAAGCGGAGUGCCCCCGAAGAACUCACCCUCCCAGAGAGAAGACCUGACCUCUCUCCGGAGUUCAGGAACUUUGACGAUGACCGAGUACCCACCCCGGUCUCAGACGAAGACGGACCACCGGUGACCAACAUUAAAAUAGUGACCGUUGACAGUGACAGUGAAGUGAAAGUGGUAGACAAAGUGAACGAUGAAAUCAGUGAUGAGAAUUUGGAGUUUUUUGACAGGAUUCUGUGCCCGAGGAAUAUUGUGUUAUUGAGUUCGUCUAAGAGCAAGCCGACUGAUGUAUGGGAGGCUUUGGCUACGGUGUUGGUGUUUUUGCUGAAGAAUGCUUAUUUGAGUGAGGAUUCACUCACUGAGCAGUGUCUAGCUGUGUACAGACAAGAUUGGCCACAGAACAUUCUAGAGAACCUAUCCACCUGUAUGAAGUCGGUAUCGUCGCGGUGGUCACGCUCGUCUACUGGCAAGUUUACCUUAUUCCUGGACUUCCUCGCAGAAUACUGCGGGGACAUGGAUUAUGAGCCAGCGGAUUGAAGCCGGACGGAUUGAGGUCUUUGGAUUGAAGUCAGAUGGAUUGGGGUUUUUGGAUUGAAGCCGAGUGGAUUGAGGUUGAAGUGAACGAGGUUUGUGAAGGUUUAGUACUGUGUUUCUUUAUUGUUUUGAUGGUGAAAUUUGUUAACGUAACCACGUUUAAAGCCAAUAUUACGUAUGUUACAAUAAGGCACAGAA